AUGAGUGCUGCUGAGAAUCUGGAGUCCAAACUGAAGGCCCUGCAGAGCCACUUCACCUGGGAUCUGGACCCCACCAGAUCCAAACUGUUCUGUCUGAAGGCCAACCUGGAGGACAUCGGCACCGAGGAGGGAAACAUCUGGCUGGGUCACAUUUACAACCUGCAGGGCUUCAUCCAGUACAAGCUGGGCUCCCUCGAAGAGGCCCGGGGUUUCUUCAGCAGGGCCACUGAAGCCUUCCAGCAGGUGAAGACCACCGACGAGGGUCCCUGGUUGAUGGUGAACUACGGGAAUCUGGCGUGGCUGCACCAUCAUAUGGGUGAAGAUAAGAAGAGUCAGGAUUUCCUGUCAAAGGUUGACGCCCUCCUGAAGAAAUACCCGUCUCCCAUCAAAGAAGAGCUCCACCCGAAAGUCUGCGCUGAGAAGGCCUGGACCCUGAUGCACUUUUCCAACGAGCAGAAGCUGCAGGCGGCAGAUUACUUCCAGAAAGCCUUCAGGAUGGAGCCGGACAUGGUGCAGUGGCAGACCAGCCGCAUGCUGGCCUUGGUGAACGCCUUCAAGCACAGCGAGACGGGCCUGGCCCAUGAUAUCUGGGAGGACAUGAGCGUUGCCAGGAGGGAGGAUCCGGAGAACCUGUACCUCGCUGCCGUUGAGCUGAAGCAAAGCGCCAAGAGAGGAGAGCAAGUGAGAGAUGAAGCUGAGGAGCUGACAGACAAGAUCAUACUGAAUCCUGUCAGCAGCUACAGCGGCCUGAAAGCACUGCUGAGGGUGUACAGAGAAAUGGACGCCUUCGAUGAGGCCAUUGAUUUGGCUGAAAAAGCCCUGAGCAAGCAUCCGGACUCGCGUUACCUGAAGAGAUGCGCCGCGAUCUGCUACAAAUGGAAAAUCCUCCAUUCCAAAGACCGACGCCCAAACCCAAGGAGGCUCGACCGAGCCAUCGGCCUGUACGAGGAGGUCAUUGCUCUUUACCCUCACUCUAAUCUGUCGAAGAAGCUCGACCUCGCAAGCAUACAGGCGAAGUCUCCUCAGGGUCUGGCGAGAUCAGAGCAGAUGUACCAGGAGCUGCUGAGAAACGUUCAGGAUCCUGCAGACAAACAGAUGCUCUACAACAGCUACGCAAAAUACCUCAACUUUGAUCGAAACGACAGGAACAAGUCCGUCGAGUAUCACAUGAAGGCUGCAGCCAUAGACCAAGAGUCCUUCUCCCGGCAGAACAGCAUCAAGGUGCUGGAGAAGAUCAAAGCCCGAGGCAGGAGCAGACUGGACAGAAGAGUCAAUGAGUUCCUGGAACUACUACAGAGUCGUGGUGUGGUGGAACAACACAGGCUGUAG